GUCGGAAGCUCGAGCAGAGGCAUCUGAUGGGCAUGCUCUUCCAGUUAUGGCUCGUGCUGAACCUUCUCGUCGCAUUUCUGGGCUCAAUUAUAUGUUUGCCCGCUCACUCACUCACUGACAGUUGGUAAAGGGUGUGCAGGGAAGUGCUUUUCUGCUGAAAUCCAGCACCAAUAGCGACCGAAUUGACGACGAUAGAAUUUGGUCGUCGUGCUGGAACCGAAGAGAAGCAAAUUCAGUGGACCUUUGUGAGAUUUUGGAGGAAGCAUGAGGACCAGGAACCAAAGUAACCUGAUGACGCUGGCACUGGCAAUUUUGCUGGUGGCGAGCACGGCGUGUCGAGCGUACCCUAUCGACAGCUCGUCGAGUAACGUGUGCGACAUCGCCAGCUACAUGCAGACCUUGUUGCCGUGCAUGUCUGUUGUUUUGGGGCCUAGCGAUCCAACGGGAGGACCAGACGAAAACUCCGGAUGCUGUACCGCCCUCAAGGCCUUGGCAGACCAGGAUGUCUUUAUCGAUUGUCUCUGUACUCGAUUUGAUUCCAAACCCGACUCGUGCAAAGAAGCCCUGCGGAACAUCCGGUGCUGACAAUUUGUGCCCCUGGAUGUGAACCUGUUCGAGCCUAUGCUUACUUCCCAGCAACAGGAAUGUUCCUAGGGAUUCUUUUCCGUGCAAGCUCGUUCCGUAGAUCGAGCGUUAAGGCAAUGUCUACGUCGAGGAUCAUGAACAUCAUCUGAGAUUCGAGAUGCUUCUGAGUCAUACAGAACUUCAGCCCCUAUGGCUUCAGUGACUGGGAUUUUCUUCCAGGGCUGGUGUGACGCCGGAGGUCUGGAUGCCUCGCACUCAUGUCAGGUCCGUUCCAUGCUGGAAAAGACCCGAAGAGUGGUCGAGGUUUCCAUCUUGAUGUUCACCUGGAACUCUCUGCAUCAUCCCAUCUUCUCGUUCUUUAGAGUCGUGUGUAGGGUUACUCAUUAGUUUUGGAUUGCAGUUCUGGGAACUUCACUGAAGAUGGACGGAUGACUUUGUCUAGCUCCUGCCACAGCAGCAUUGAGACAGUUUUCUCGCAGUUUUUUGCUCGAGAACUAAUGCGUCCUCCCCUUUCCCACGAUGAUUUUCUGCGGCCACUACAUUUCCGCUCACCGGCAGCUCUCCUAAUACACUCCAGUUAUCCAUGCGUUGUCGUUUCAUGACCCAUUCCGUCCAUCCGACCUCCCUCACUCAUCAAAUCUAAGCUGCACUUCUUCUGUUCGAUGUGCAGCUUGUACUACCAACUAUUCUUUUCUUA